UCCCAUAUUUUAGCUGGUAGAUCCAUCGCAAACACUCUUCGUACAUCUCUUGGACCAAAAGGAUUGGAUAAAAUGAUGAUCUCUUGUGAUGGAGAUGUUACAGUCACAAAUGAUGGUGCAACAAUAUUAAAAAUGAUGGAUGUAGAUCAUGAAAUCGCAAAAUUGAUGGUUCAGUUGUCGCAGUCCCAAGAUGACGAAAUUGGUGAUGGGACAACGGGUGUUGUAGUUCUUGCAGGAGCCCUUCUUGAGCAAGCCGAAGUACUUUUGGACAAAGGUAUUCAUCCAAUUAGAAUUGCUGAUGGAUUUGAAUUAGCAGCACAAAAAGCUGUUGCUCAUUUAGAUUCGAUCACAGACAGUUUUCCUGUUAAUAAGGACAACUUAGAGCCUCUAAUUCAAACAGCUAUGACAACACUUGGCUCCAAAAUUGUUAACAAGUGCCAUCGCCAUAUGGCAACAAUCGCCGUUCAAGCUGUCAUGUCUGUUGCAGAUCUCGAGAAAAAAGAUGUCAACUUUGAGUUGAUCAAAGUGGAAGGCAAAGUAGGAGGCAAAUUAGAAGAUACAAUGUUAGUCAAGGGUGUUAUUGUCGAUAAAGAUUUUUCACAUCCACAGAUGCCUAAAGUAUUAAAUGAUGUCAAAAUUGCAAUUUUGACUUGUCCAUUUGAGCCCCCAAAGCCUAAAACAAAGCAUAAGUUGGAUGUAACUUCUGUUGAAAACUACAAAGAACUCAGAAAAUAUGAACAAGAGAAAUUUUCACAAAUGGUGCAACAGGUCAAAGAUGCUGGUGCAACAUUAGCAAUUUGUCAGUGGGGUUUUGAUGAUGAAGCAAAUCAUCUCCUGUUGCAGCGAGAAUUACCGGCUGUCCGUUGGGUCGGUGGCCCUGAAAUAGAGCUCAUUGCGAUUGCCACUGGAGGUCGGAUCGUUCCUCGUUUUGAAGAAUUGAGUCCAGAGAAGCUUGGAUAUGCUGGCAUUGUUCGUGAGCUCUCAUUUGGUACAACCAAAGAUAGAAUGCUGGUCAUUGAAGAAUGCAAAAAUUCAAGAGCAGUCACGAUCUUCAUUCGAGGUGGAAAUAAAAUGAUCAUUGAAGAAGCAAAGAGGAGCCUGCAUGAUGCCUUAUGUGUAGUGCGUAACUUGGUUGUUGAUAAUCGUGUUGUAUAUGGAGGUGGAGCCUCUGAGAUAUCAUGUGCUAUUGCAGUUGCUGAGGAAGCAAACAAGAUUUCCUCCCUUGAACAGUACGCUUUCCGUGCUUUCUCAGAAGCGCUCGAAAGUGUUCCUAUGGCUCUGGCUGAAAACAGUGGGCUUUCUCCAAUUGAUACUCUAACAGACAUGAAAGCCAAGCAAAUUCAAGAGAAAAACUCUGCCUUAGGUAUCGAUUGUAUGCUCAAAGGCACUAAUGAUAUGAAAGUCCAAAACGUCAUAGAAACACUGCAAAGCAAGAAGCAGCAAAUAUUGUUGGCUACACAACUUGUGAAAAUGAUCUUGAAAAUAGAUGAUGUGAGAUCGCCAGGGUUUGAUUAGUUUUUGCACUGGGAACUGUUGUACAUUCAUGUGGCAUUGACAUAAAAAGGAGCAGUAGAAGACGUAGUUUUGUCGCUUCAGCAGUCUUGCCUCAACUAACAAUAAAUAAGCUUCUCAAUUAACAUGACAUCGCAAAAACCAAGUUCCUUCUUAGCCAUCUUUCUUCUAGUAUAACCACCAGUUCUUCACUUUUAUACUCCUCUGCAAAAAAUUGAGCCCUUACUAGCGAUUUUCUCAGCCAUAGGUAAGGUACUGUGUUAAAAAAAAACUUCAGUAGAUCCAAAAACUCCAGUUGUUAAGUGUUUCCUCGCAAAUAAUUGGUUUUAAUUCGCUUGGAUUCAUGUGUUUUGAUUUUCAUAACUACCCUCAUGCUUUCACUAAAAUCUAAUCUUUUUUUCCUGCACCCAGUAUUUAUUAUUUAUGUGAAGUGAAGCUUCGAGUCAAACCGUCAAUAAACUACUACUUUACUUGAAAU